GCGGCUGAGAGCGGCAAUCUGGACAUGUUUCAGAAACUCUACCUCCAGGAUCCCAGUCGGCUGUCGCUCAGAGAUCCCAGAGGGAGGACCACAGCUCACCAGGCCGCGUCCAGGAACAGGACGAAUAUACUCACGUUCAUCAGGCAACAGGGCGGAGAUUUAAAUGCCCAAGACAAUGCUGGAAACACUCCUUUACACGUUGCUGUUGAAUAUGAGGCUCUGGAUGCAAUAGACUACCUGUUGUGUUGUGGUGUUAAAACAGACGUUCUCAAUGAAAAGAAGCAGGCUCCGGUACAUUUGGCAACGGAGCUCAACAAAAUUACGGUUUUAGAGGCGAUGUCAAAACACAAAGACAAGAUAGAUAUUCAACAAGGUGGUGAACACGGUCGAACUGCACUUCACAUCGCUGCGAUAUACGAUCACGAUGCCUGUGCAAGACUUUUGCAGCAAUACGUAACGGAACGAAGUACAAUGAGUAGCCCAAGAAAACCUUGCAACAACGGAUAUUAUCCUAUUCACGAAGCGGCAAAAAAUGCCUCGUCCAAAACCAUGGAAGUAUUUUUACAGUGGGGUGAAUCUCUAGGUUGUUCUAGGGCAGAAAUGAUCUCGUUCUACGAUGCAGAGGGCAACGUUCCUCUGCAUUCUGCCGUACAUGGUGGAGAUAUCAGAGCAGUGGAGCUAUGUAUAAGAUCUGGUGCGAAGAUUUCCACACAACAACACGAUCUAUCCACACCAGUACAUCUAGCUUGCGCCCAAGGCGCUAUAGAAAUAGUGAAAAUCAUGUUCCAAAUGCAACCAGAAGAAAAGCAGGCAUGUUUGGCAUCGUGUGAUGUACAGAAGAUGACACCGUUGCAUUGUGCCGCCAUGUUUGAUCAUCCCGAAAUUGUUGAGUACCAUAAGCGAGGAGCCGAUUGUAACCCGAUGGAUAAGGAGAGGAGGUCGCCAUUGUUGUUGGCGGCCUUGAGAGGAGGUUGGAAAACGGUUCACACAUUAAUACGACUAGGAGCAGAUAUCAACAUAAAAGACAUCAACAAAAGGAAUGUUCUCCAUUUGGUAGUUAUGAAUGGAGGAAGAUUAGAGCAAUUUGCUGCUGAAGUGAGUAAGGCCAAGACCACCGAGAGCCUUCUACAACUCCUGAAUGAAAAGGACCUUACCGGUUGUUCCCCGUUGCACUACGCGAGCAGAGAAGGGCACAUCAGAAGUUUGGAGAACCUAAUAAAAUUGGGCGCUUGUAUCAACUUGAAGAAUAACAAUAACGAGAGUCCCUUACAUUUUGCGGCGAGGUAUGGUCGCUACAAUACAGUGAAACAACUUCUAGACUCAGAAAAAGGCAAUUUCAUUAUUAAUGAAAGCGAUGGAGAAGGAAUGACACCGCUACAUAUUGCGUCAAAGCAGGGCCACACAAGAGUUGUCCAAUUAUUACUAAACAGAGGCGCACUUCUUCACAGAGAUCAUAACGGCAGAAAUCCUCUACACUUAGCCGCAAUGAACGGAUAUACUCAAACUAUUGAACUCUUGCUCUCGGUGCAUUCGCAUUUGCUCGAUCAAACAGAUAAGGAUGGCAACACUGCACUGCAUCUGGCAACGAUGGAGAACAGACCAAACGCUAUAGUAUUGCUGUUGUCGAUGAAAUGUAAAUUGCUGUACAACCAGUCGGAUAUGAGCGCUAUCGACUACGCCAUUUACUAUAAGUAUCUGGAAGCUGCCUUGGCAAUGGUUACACACGAGGAUAGGGCUGAAGAAGUAAUGCUCUUGAAAUCUUCAAAAUAUCCAUCAGUUUCUUUGGCUCUGAUAGCGGCGAUGCCUAGAGUAUUUGAAGCAGUUCAAGAUAAGUCAAUAAUGAAGUCAAACUGCAAGAAGGAUUCAAAAACGUUUUCGAUAAAAUAUAACUUUAGUUGUCUUCAAUGUAACAAUCUUGUGGAGAAUGGCGACGAUAAAAAUACUGAGAAACCUAUGCCUUUACCAGCCCUCAAUGCAAUGGUCACUCACGGACGAGUAGAAUUGCUAGCUCAUCCACUGAGUCAGAAAUAUCUCCAAAUGAAGUGGAACUCUUACGGAAAAUACUUCCAUCUGGCAAAUCUGCUAUUUUACUGUCUAUUUCUAGGCUCCGUCACCUGCUUCACCUCUCAGCUCAUGGAACACGAAGCUGCGCUGAAUUUUAGCUACAUGAACUAUGCCAACAUGACCAAAACCUCGCAAUUUUCAGAAAGAAAAUCAGAAAUUCUAAACGUCCAUAUCAAUUAUUCCAUGCACAUCAGCGCUCUAGCUAUUUUGGUCUACAUCGUAGUCAGUGCAGGUAGAGAACUAGCCCUAGUAUUCCAGCAAAAGUUUUUAUAUUUCAUAAACCCUAUCAAUUUGGUUACUUGGCUCCUAUACAUUGCGGCCAUAGUGAUGGUAUUUCUAAAUUAACUUUAUUUACUGAGAUUGCAAAGGUUUGACCAAGUGGGAAUCUACGUGGUAAUGUUCCUGGAAAUUCUGCAAACUCUUAUCAAAGUCUUGAUGGUGUUCUCCAUAUUAAUUAUUGCGUUCGGACUAGCUUUUUAUAUUCUUCUUUCAAGAGGUGAUCACUUAUCUUUUAAAUCUAUACCGAUGUCACUGAUAAGAACCUUCUCAAUGAUGCUGGGAGAAAUAGACUUUCUUGGUACCUACGUCAAACCAUAUUACUACUAUCUCAACACCAAAGAAGACGAAAAUACUUUCUUACCAUUUCCUAUGCCUGCGUUCCUAAUGCUGGGCCUAUUUAUGGUUCUCAUGCCGAUUUUACUAAUGAAUCUGCUUAUUGGUUUGGCAGUUGGUGAUAUCGAAAGCGUCAGAAGAAAUGCCCAGUUGAAGCGCUUAGCUAUGCAGGUGGUUUUGCACACUGAACUAGAACGAAAAUUACCAAAAAGAUGGUUGGAAAAGGUAGAUAAACAGGAACUGGUCGAAUAUCCCAAUGAAGCUAAACAUAAGAAAGGCUUUGUAGACUUUAUUUUGAAGAAAUGGUUUGGCAGUCCUUUUUCAGAUGAGUGUGAUCUAGCUAUGGAAAACUCGGAAGACUACGUUAUAUCAGAACUUGAGAAAACAAAAAGAAAACUUCGAGAUAUUUCACAGUCGUUGGAAACUCAGAGCCACUUUCUUAGGCUCAUAGUACAGGCGGAAGGCGAGGAGCUCGAAAGAGUAGAGAGGUAUGACUACCUGGGUACAAGUGUCGACUGCACCGCGGAUUAUUGUUCAGAAAUAAAGAUUCGCAUUGAGAAGGCCUGCGCAUCCUUUGUGGAGAUUAAGAAGCUGCUCUGCAGCCGCGAUUUGAGCCUAGAUCUGAGAACUCGUAUGCUCAAAUGUUAUGUAUUCCCAGUCCUUUUGUAUGGUAUGGAAGCUUGGACCCUCAACGAGCUUUGCGAGCGGAAACUGGAGGCCUUCGAGAUGUGGACAUACCGUAGGAUGUUGAGAAUACCAUGGACAGAACAUGUAACCAACGUGCAGGUUCUGAGAAGAAUGGGGAAGGGCGUAGAGAUCCUCAAGGAAGUGAAAAAAAGAAAAUUGCAAUAUCUCGGCGAUAUCAUGAGAGGUCCAAGGAAAAAGAUCUGUUGGAAGGAGAAGAAUAUCCUGCGAAAAUGGUUUAAUGUCACGUCAUCUGACCUAUUCAGGGCCGCAGCUUCCAAGGUCAAAAUAGCAAUGAUGAUAGCCAACCUUCGAUAUGGAGACG